AUGCCGAUAACAGCCAUAUCUCGCGAGACGCCACCCGCGUCUCCUCCGCUCAUUGCUGCCACUUACGAGGAGGUUUUAGCCACCGCCGAGCCGGGUGAUACAAUAGCAACAACCAAAGAAGAAGAAUGGGUGACUCGGAAAAAGAGUGAAGUUACCACCACGCGUCAAAUUGCGACGAGAGUCAAGCGGGAAUUAAUAUUAGAAGAUGGACGAAUACUUAGUGAUUCUGGACCUAAGAUAUCCACCUCCGUCAACGAAGAUACACACACUACUAAUUUUCAACAGACAGAGCACCGUGUACCUGAUAAUGAAGUCAGCGAAGAAACUUCACCUGCUGGAAUCAGUGGAGGCGUCCAAGACGCAAUAGGAGAGACCCCCGAUGAAGUCGACGGUCUCGUCCUCGGAGGUGUAGUGGCUCCAGCUGGGACGAAGGUAUUAGUGACAUCAUGUGUGGUAGCCAACCCAGAUGGCAAAGUGCGAGAGAGCAAAGACCGCAAAGUUCUAACGAGAAACAUCACAGAACGCGUUCAGGAGACCGAGGAAAGAAUACACAAGGGCGAUACGACCCAUGAUGUGAGUACUAGACUAUUAAGUUUUACAUUAUUAAAGUAG